AUGCCACGGUCCUCAAGGAGCCCCAGGGACCUGUGUGACCCACCUGACGAUGUGGUCCACGUCUAUAGGAAUCCCAGGCCCAGGAGGGUCAUCCAACGAGGCCGGAACAUCUGCAGGAUAACAGAGGAGUCCUUGUCAAACACGAAUGAUGCCUUCCUGUUGCCAAUCCGCUUCAAUACCCCAGUACCAGGCCUGAUUCAGUGCAUACUGGGAUGUAUGUCCUGGAUCACCUGCUUGGCCUGCUUCUUGAGGACUCAGGCCCACCAAGUUCUAUUCAACACCUGCAGAUGCAAACUGCUCUUCCAGAAGCUCAUGGAAAAGACAGGUGUCCUGGUCCUCUGUGCUUUUGGAUUCUGGGUGUUUUCUAUGCACUUACCAUCCCAAGUGCAAGUCUGGCAGGAUAACAGCAUAAAUAGCCCGCUGCAAAGCUUGAGAAUGUAUCAGGAAAAAGUGCGACAUCACACUGGGGAAAUCCAGGACCUUCGAGGUAAUAUGAACCAGCUCAUUGCCAAGCUCCAGGAGAUGGAAGCCAUGUCAGAUGAGCAGAAACUGGCCCAGAAAAUAAUGAAGAUGAUACAAGGAGAUUACAUUGAAAAGCCGGAUUUUGCCCUAAAGUCUAUAGGGGCAUCUAUCGACUUUGAGCAAACAUCGGCCACAUACAACCACGACAAGGCUCGCUCCUACUGUAGCUGGAUCCGGCUAUGGAACUAUGCACAGCCCCCGGACGUGAUCCUUGAGCCCAACGUGACACCUGGCAACUGCUGGGCCUUCUCGGGUGACCGCGGCCAGGUGACCAUCCGACUGGCCCAGAAGGUCUACCUGUCCAAUCUGACACUGCAGCACAUCCCCAAGACCAUCUCGCUGUCGGGCAGCCUGGACACCGCCCCCAAGGACUUUGUCAUCUAUGGCAUGGAAGGCUCCCCGAGAGAGGAGGUGUUCCUGGGGGCAUUUCAGUUUCAGCCAGAAAACAUCAUACAGACGUUCCGGCUCCAGAAUCAGCCUGUUCGGAAUUUCGGGGCAGUCAAGGUGAAGAUAUCGAGCAACUGGGGGAACCCACGCUUCACCUGCCUGUACCGCGUGCGGGUGCACGGCUCUGUGACCCCACCCAGAGAGCAGCCUAACUGA